UACUUUUAUGAUGGAUGGAUGCACUUUUUUGGCCUUCAAAAUCAUAUCCUCCAUUCACUACCAUUAUAAAGCUUGGAAGAGCCAGGGCAUUUUUUAAUUUAACUCCGAUUCUAUUCGUCUGAAAGAAGAAAGUCAUAUACACAGAUGGCUUGAGGCAUUGCUGUUGUUUGCAAUGGCAGCAUUGCACUGUGGGAUAUCAGAAAGCGUGGACUCCAUUGAGGGAAGCUGUAACGAUGUCAUCAGACUACCUUGUAAAGCUACUGACCGAACAACAACGUACCGUUAUGUCAUAUGGUACAGAAUAGAGAGUAAGCCUAUUCCUAUCAUCAAGAGAAAAAAUGGAGAGGAUACAACUUUUAAUAACUUAACUUCUGUUUCUCUGGGAGAGAAAGAGGAAUUGAAGUUACAUAACGUGCAGCCUUCAGACUCGGGAGAAUAUAAAUGCUACUUGGCUGCAGAGGUUGGGGGUCGAAAUGAUGAUUCUUUUAUUAGACUGAAUAUCUCAGAAUGUUUGGAUGUGACUGUGAGCACAGUUUAUCCCUCCACCAUGAUCCAUGAUGAUUCUUUUCCUGCUGCAGAAGAUACAACUGUUCACUGGGUUGUGCUCUGCCUUUCUCUCUUCAGCAUGGCCAAAAUCAUCCUUUGCAUUGUAACUGUGGGGGUGUGUGAUCGAGCCAUAUUUAGCACAGCAAGAAGAAAACAGGAAGUAAGGGGAAGCGAGACUGGAACAAGGUCAAGCCAGAAAGACUGAGAUUCACAAAAAAGCUGAUGGGGUCUAUUUAGUUUUAUGCAUCCACUAAAACAGUCCAGGCCUGUCGUUUACAAGGUUGUUGGCACAAUUAGGUUGUGUUGAUGGUGUUUGUUUAAUUUCUGUGUGGUUUUGCUAUUCUUAAUUAUUUUUUAUUGAUGGAUUAUUCCUAGGGGAGGAGGGAUGGCCAAAAUGCACACUGUUGCAUUUUGUUUGUUUUUGCAUUUUUUCCCCUACAUUUUUAAAUUGUACAUCCUCUGUAAAUAUUUUGCUGUCAGUAGCAGAAUUAUGUACUUUAUGGAUCGCAAGAGUUAAUGUGUCUCCUUAUAUAUGAAUAAAUUAUAAA